AUGCGUCGAAGGGCGAAUCUCGGAGUGGAGAGUGACAUCGUCCGCUCCUGGCCGAAUCGCAUCAGCUUCAGAACUUACUCAAAGGAUGAAAUCAUCAAGUUAUCCGUCAAAGAGAUUACCGAGUGCGACUUGGUUUACGAAGAUAGAGUUGAAGGGAAAAAGAGCGCACAGCUGAAUGGUCUUCAUGAUCCUGCUUUGGGUCCGUUGAACAGGGGCGAUCGUUGCUCAACAUGCAACUCCUCGGAAAAGUACUGUCCCGGCCAUUGUGGCCAUAUCAACCUCCCCUCGCCCGUUAUCAACCCCGUCUUCUUCACAACUCUAAAAAUGCUCCUCGCUGCUUCUUGCCCCGACUGCAGUCAUUUUCUCUGCACGGAAAAAGCGCUUUUAACUCUCCAAGCAAAGCUGAUCUGCUUGAACGCCGGAAGAAUGGACAUUUUUACCGAAAUCGAGAGGGAGACAAAAAAUCACUACGGCGCGGAAAAAGAUACUGAGGGGGCGACCGCUGAUGAGAAUUUAUCGCACGGGACGAAGAGCAAGACGCUCGACGAGCUUCAAGAGUUCCUCAAAGUCAAGACCGAAUCAAUCCAACUUGGAAAUGGGAAAGACAUGAACCGAGCCUCCGUAUUCCACAAGCGAGAAGUCGUCAAUGUCUUCAUGGACUACUUCAAGCAAAAGAUCAAGAAGUGUCCACGCUGUCUUACCGCGAAGCCGACGAUGAAAUUCGAAAGUGCUGGCGGCGUUACUCGCGUUUACCUGGAACUUCCAAGAAGAAAGGAUGAAAUCAACCUGGAAGCAGAAUCAGAAGGCUCCGACGAGGAAGAGGAUGAAAUCGACAAAGAAAAGCGAAAGGCGAAGAGCGCGCCGAACACUGACGCGACUCUUCAGCGCGUUCCGACGAACCUACUUUACCGGCAACUGAAAAAACUCUUCGCCACGGAGCGGCAGACAUGUGAUUUGCUCUUUGACGGAACUGGAUUUGAAGCAUUUUUCAUCGAGACCGUCCUGGUCCCUCCAAACUGCUUCCGAAGGAUGAACAAAGCCGGGCAGAAGGUCUUAGCGUCAGAUAGGACAGCCAUGCUUCAGAAAAUCCUCGAAUCGAGCAAGAAAUUAAACUGGCUCUACGGUCAUCGAGUUCGGGAAAUGAACAUGGAGACGAACGAAACUGACGAAGGCUACGAAUCACAAGGAGAUAGGAUCAAAGUCAAAAGCUUUCUGUCCACUCUUCCCGGCGCGUCGAUGGAUGAAAAGCAAGAGAACCUGGAAAUGAACCUUCAGCAACUUAUCAACAUCCACAUCGAUUCAAACAUGGAAAAAAGCAUUACCACGAAAAAUCCGGGAAUCAAGCAAAAGCUCGAGAAGAAAAAGGGUCUCUUCCGGCAAAAUAUUAUGGGCAAACGAGUCAACUUCUGCGCACGAACUGUCAUUACUCCUGACCCAAACAUCGCCACGAACGAAUUCGGUGUUUCCGACUUCGUCGCGAAGAAACUAACCUAUCCCGAACGCGUCACCCAGUACAACUACAAAGAGCUCCGCCAAGCGGUCAUCAAUGGUCCAAGAAAUCAUCCAGGUGCCACUCAUAUUCUCUGGCCAAAUGGAUUGAGAGAAACUCUUGAUCCAGACGAUGAAACGCAGCGAGUCGCCUGCGCUAAUCAGUUGCUAACAAGCGAGGAAGACAACGAAGGACUCGGAAGAAUGAAGACUGUUUUGAGACAUCUUCGCUCCGGCGAUGCUAUUUUGGCGAAUCGACAGCCAACGCUACACAAGGGUUCCAUCAUGGCUUUCAACGCUCGAGUUAUUCCUGGAGAAAAGACCUUCCGUCUGCACUACUCCAACUGCAAACAUUUCAACGCCGAUUUUGACGGCGACGAAAUGAACGUCCACUUCCCUCAGUCAGAAGAAGCCCGAGCGGAAGCGGAAAUGCUGAUGAACACGAACCACAUGUUCAGAUCUGCCAAAGAUGGAUUCCCAUUAGCUGGAUUAAUGCAGGAUCACGUGAUUGCUGGAGCACUGAUGUGCGUACGAGGCUCUUUCUUCGACAAAUCCGAGUAUCAGAACCUUGUCAUCAACUGCCUGGAACGACAUCAUCCGGGAAAGAAGAUCAAAUUCCUCCCGCCAGCCAUCUUCAAACCAAAAGCCUUGUGGACUGGGAAGCAGAUCAUCACCACGAUAAUUCAAAAUCUCUGCGGCGGCUCCGGACCAAACUACGUUGGCAACUGCAAAAUGAAGGAUAGUGUCUACAUGAAGGACGGAGAGAAAGAACGCUCGAUACCGAACCCGAGCAAGGUCAAAGGUUGCUCGAUGAAAGACUCUGAAUUCGUGGUCAGACACGGCUACGUUUGCUCCGGAUACUUGGACAAGGAUCAAAUCGGUUCAGCGAAAUACUCCAUUCUCGCGGCGGUGGAAGAGAUCUUCGGAGGACCUACUGUUGGAAAACUCAUCACUGCUGUUACUUACUGUCUUUCGCACUAUUUGAAGUGCUACAAAGGAUUCACUCUUGGAAUUCGAGACGUUGUUACCAGCAGCAGGAUCGCAAAGAAGCGAAAGAAGAUUGUAAGAACCGGUGAUUUCGCCGGCUUGAAAGAGCUUGCCAAACACUUUGAACUCGCCGACGAUCUUCCAGAAUCGCCAGAAGAACUCGCAGAACUUGACGCAGCCGUUCGUGCGAAGAUCAGACACGCUCAUCUCGUUGGCACUGAAUUUACAAUGCACGAGGUCGACGCGAUCUGUAAAAAAGCAGCGAACUCGGUGACCGAAGCGAUUCAUCGACUUUGCGAGCCAAAUUUGGAAGAAAAAUUUCCGCGAAAUAACUUGGAAACGCUGAUUGUCACUGGUGCAAAGGGUUCAAAAGCGAACUUGCUCAACAUGGCCUCGAAUCUCGGACAAGUAGAGUUUGACGGAAAGCGGCCAAAAAUUCUUGCUUCUGGAAGGUGUUUUCCUUGUUGGAAGCCGUACGAGCAUGAUGUUCGAUCUGGUGCUUUUAUUUCUCAUCGCUAUGCUGGUGGACUCCGCCCGCAGGAAAUGUUCUUUCACGUAAUGGCCGGUCGAGAUGGUCUGAUCGAUACCGCUUGCAAAACUUCUUCCUCUGGCUAUCUCCAACGUUGCCUGAUCAAACAUUUAGAAGGAAUUACCAUCUCUUACGAUCGAACCGUCCGUGAUCAUGACCAAUCCGUCGUUCAGUUUCAAUACGGCGAAGAUGGUAUCGACGUUGCCAAAACGCCCUACAUGGUACCGCAUCAGUUCGACUUUAUCAAGGAAAACUCAACUCUUUAUUCGCGAAAGCUUUGGCCGACAGGGAAAAUGCCCAGAAUGUCCGAUGAAGUCAAACGGCUUCAAAAGCAAACUGAAAAGUUCCGAAACCGAGAAGCGAAGAAUCAGUGGGCUGAACGAAACGUCGCAGGGAUCGAACGAGUUUUGGCGUUCAAUGACUUCCUCAAGUCGCACGAGAAGCUUUCCGAGUUCAAUGACGCUCUUCCACAGUUGAUCAAAGAACAAGGCCGUGAAGUCGUUGAUUCGUUCAAUCACAUGGCCAUCAAGGUCUGGCAUCAAGUGACAACGAAGAAGAAAAAGAGUGGUCGAGUGAAAAAGAAUCUGGACCCUCCGGUUGAGGAGUUGGAAGAAGUAUUCCCGGGAGAAGAGCCACUGACGGAAGAUAUCCGACAAAUGUGGAUCAAGAAGCGAAUCGUCCCCGAUCCACACAUAGCUUCUCUCAGCCCGGAUAUUCAUCUUGGUUCGGCAUCUGAAGCGUUCAUUGGCCACGUGAAAGCGUAUCUUUCCAAAAUGAAGCGAACGGACAAGCCUAUUCAAGAAUUAUUGUAUUCCAAAUAUCGACAGUCUCUCAUGCCACCAGGCGAUCAAAUCGGACUUGUUAUUGCUCAAUCUAUCGGUGAGCCAUCGACCCAAAUGACGCUGAACACUUUCCACAUGGCUGGAAAGGCCGAUGUCAACAUUACCUUGGGUAUCCCUCGUUUGAGAGAACUGCUGAUGACAGCUCCUACCGAGGUCAAAACACCAUCGAUGACGAUUCCCUUCCACCGCCAUGUAACAGAGCCCGAGGUGGAGAAAUUCGUCAACAGCUUGAAAAACAUCCGGCUUUCCGAUGUCAUUACCGCUGUCAAAGCGCAGAACAAGCUUAUUGUCCAAGACGGAUGUUUCCAACUUCAGACCGAAGUGGAAAUUAAAAUUGGCAGGAAAUUGUGUAAACGCUUGGAUCUUGAUCCAGAAUUUGUUGUUUCCGAAAUUAUGCGAAAGAAACUCUUCAAAGUUGUCAUCAAGAAACUUGAAGAUGCAGAAAAGGCGAGGAAAAAGCAGGACUUGUUCGUUUCGAAAAAUAAAGAAGCGGCUAGAUCUAAGCGAGGAAGAAGAGCGGGAAAUGAGGAUAACGAAGGUGAUGACGAUGAACCAGCGGCUAGAGUGAUUGAAGAUGACGUUGAUGAAUGCGAAUACGAGGAUGUGGACGAUGAGGUAAAAGAUGAAGAAGACGACGAUCCAGAAGAAAUUGACAACUCCGAUUCCGACAACGACGAAUUCAAACAGAAUGAGACGGAGGAAAUCCUCGAAAAAUUGAAGAUGAACAAGAGCGCUGGGAACUUCUGGGAGAUCGUUUUGGCUUCUCAUGCGUCUGUUUCAAGCGUUGUGCACGAUGCGAAGAAGUUCUCGUGGAUAUUGGUGACUUUCAAAAGAGACCCGUCUUCCGAGAACAUUGAUCUGGUUCACAUCAUUGAAUCUGCUGUUCGAGAAAUUCUCAUUCAAGGAAUUCCGAGCAUUUCGAAGGUGACAUUCAAACCGUCAGAAGACCGAACGCACUUCGAAAUCCUGACAGAGGGAAUCAAUUUCCCCGGCUUUUACAAAUACCCAGAAAUGCUCGAUUUGAACAGGAUUUCAACCAACGAUGUGAAUGCCUUCAGGAAUGCGUAUGGAAUCGAAGCUGCUGUCAUGACCAUGCAGCGGGAAAUCGACAAGGUUUUCAAGCCUUACGGUAUUGCGGUUGACAAGAGGCACACUUCCUUAGUCGCGGAUUAUGUAACUCAGGAAGGUCAAUACAGAGCGUUUAAUCGGCACGGACUCAAAACUUGCGCGUCCCCGAUUCAGAAAAUGUCAUACGAAACUACAACACAGUUUUUGAUCGACUCGAUUGUUUAUGGAGAGGAUGACGAUAUGACGUCGCCAGCGGCGAGUGUCGCUGCCGGACAGCUUUUCAAAGGAGGAACCGAAUGGCGUUAUAAUGGAAAUACAGUGAUGUUGCGAAAGGGGCCCAUUCGAAGAACUCCAAGGCGCAUGCCGAAUGUGCGGCGCGCUGGAUUGCAUGUGCGAGAAAACGAUAUGACGGGCUCAAAACUCAGCGACAAGAUUAAAGUUGCUAUGGUUCCGGACGACGCGCACGACGAAAUCUACCCAAUGGCUUGUUACUACUUCGACGGCUCUGGCAAGUCCAUCAGACCUCUUAUUGUUGGUAGAGUGGCGGAAGCACUUGGAGGUUGCAUCGAGACGAAUGAGAAGCUGCAGAAAGUGGCGAUGAUCGCGGAAAUGAUUCACACCGGAUCGCUUGUUCAUGACGACGUUAUUGACAAAUCCGAGGAACGCCGCGGCAAAGCAUCAGCAAACUCAAAAUGGGGAGUAACCAAAGCCGUCAUGGCUGGAAACUACAUAAUCUCGUACUCCUCCCAACUUCUUGCCUCGCUAGAGUCGGACGAAGUGACAAAAAUCAUCUCGAGAAUCAUCGAAGAUUUAAUAUACGGCGAAUUAUGCCAGCUAGAAUCUGUCAAUUCCAACCACGAGCAUCGUUACAAACAAUACAUAAAGAAAACUUAUUUAAAAACGGCUUCUUUGAUCGCCAACUCGGCUGAAGCGGUGGCAGUGUUAACAGAUCAAUCAGCUCAAGUUCAGCAAGCUGCGUUUAAUUUUGGCAAAUAUCUCGGAAUCGCGUUUCAAAUUCAAGAUGAUCGACUUGAUUUCUUAGCGGAUUCAGCUCAACUUGGAAAGCCGGCUUGUGCCGAUUUAAAACUGGGUCUAAGUACAGCCCCUGUUUUAUACGCCUGUCAAACGCAUGAGGCGGAAAUGUGGCCGCUUAUGAAGAGGAGAUUCAGUAAACCUGGCGAUGUACAAAAAGCCCAUAAUAUUAUUACGCGAAAAAGUGACGCACUGCUAAAGACACGUCUCCUAGCGGAGAAUUACGCCAAACGUGCAGCGCGCGAAAUCGAGCUGCUCACUUCUGAUCCCGUCCUUAGAGAGAAUCUGCUCGAGCUGACGAAGAUGGUCACCAAUCGCGACAAAUAA